GAUGCAAAAUACUUAGAGCAGUGCCUGGCCUUGUAGCCUAGCCCACACGGCGGAAGCAGAAACGCUCAUUAUCAUUGUUAUCCUAGAGGAGAUCCGGCCCUAUGCGGGGGUUGUAUUUGGCUGUGCCCUCUCUUCGGGUCUGGUGGGGUCUGGGUCCCUGGUCUCUGCUGAAUCGAGACCUUCUCGCCCUUCUAGAUGAAGAUGAGAGUGAGCUGGAGCACGUCACUCCGUCCCUGGUUAAAGGUUAUCACUUGCUCCUGGAAACGGGAAAGGUCGGGGUUGGGGGGGGCAUGCCAGCCUCCCCUCUGCUGGAGGAGAUAAAGGAGGUCACUUGCCUUCUCCGUGACAGGUGGGGGGAACCCGGGGUGUAUAAAUGGGGGGCCAGGAGGCAGCAGAGACACAGACUCCCAGGGAGGUUGCGUCACUGUGCCCCAGCGUCCCAGGUGUUCCUGUCCAGCAUGGCCAAGCGCUCGCUGCUGCUGCUGCUGGCCGUGUGGGUGCUGGCUGGGGAGCUGUGGCUGAGCACCGAGGCCCGAGCAUCACCCUACGGAGUGAAGCUUUGCGGCCGGGAAUUCAUCCGGGCCGUCAUCUUCACCUGCGGGGGCUCCCGAUGGAGGCGGUCGGACAUCCUGGCCCAUGAAGCUACGGACACAGACUCUGACACAGACAGCGAGCUGGACAGGGCAGUAGCCUCCAGCGAGUGGCUGGCCCUGACCAAGUACCCCUGGGCUUUGUAUGCAGACCGACCUGGCUGGCAGGGAACUCCAGGGGCUCUGCGCGCUGUCCGUGAUGUCCUGGAUGGCCUCUCCAGCAACUGCUGCAAGUGGGGGUGCAGUAAGAGUGAAAUCAGCAGCCUCUGCUAGACCAGUGACCGGGUGGCCAGGGGCCCAGGGGCCAGCUGAGCACCUGACUCUGGCCCCUCAUGCGUUCAUUCAUCCGCAAGUCAGGGGUCAGGCACUGUGCACUUGGACACGCCGCCCC